CGUGCGGGACAAGCUUACAGUGCCACGCUUUAAAAUUCAAAUACACAUUCACUCCUGUAAAAUAAAUCGUACGCUUUACAAACCACGCUUAAAGAAUAAUAAUAAAUAAAGUAAAUCGGCUCUUAAAAAUGGCAUUCGCGCUACAAAUUAGCAAUAAUAGCACCUAAAUGUGAUAAGCAUAAGUGUUAAAAUGCAGCAAUGCGCCAAAAGAUCGAUGUCAGUAUUCCCUGAUGCCAAAAUUUCAAAAAUAUAGUGUCAAAUAUUUAAAAUGGAGCCCCUCAUAGAUAGAAACAACUUUGCCGUGAGUGCUAUGGUCACCGUGGCGAUGCAGAUAUUAUUUUUCAUGGUCGCCUCGCUGUCCCAGAGCGACAAAGUUACAGAUUUCACUGGUGGUGCCAAUUUUAUCAUAAUAGCAUUAUUAACAUUCUUCCUCGGCCAAGGAGGUAGCACGUUGAAGAGCUAUGACAGCAGACAGCUAAUGGUGACGGCGUUUGUAUGUGUUUGGGGCGUGAGGCUCUCGGGAUAUCUCAUAUACAGAAUUUAUCACAUCGGCCGAGACAAACAGUUCGAGGAUCGUAAAAGCAACACUCUGAGGUUUGCCGUGUUCUACACCUUCCAGGCGGUGUGGGUGUAUGUUGUUAGUUUACCCGUCAUUAUAAUCAAUUCACCGCACCACUCAUAUCCUAAGGCGCCUAAAACUAUGACAACAUUAGACUCGGCUGGUGCAGGCGUGUUUGUGAUCGGAUUAUUAAUUGAGACUUAUGCGGACUUGCAAAAGUUUGCAUUCCGUCAAGAGCCAGCCAAUCAGGGCAGAUGGUGUAACGACGGUCUCUGGGGAUUGUCCAGACAUCCCAACUACUUUGGAGAAGUAGUUCUCUGGUGGGGUAUUUUUAUAAUAUCAUUGAAUGUUAUCGAAGGUAUCGAAUAUAUUGCCAUAUUAUCGCCUUUAUUCACAGCCGCCAUAAUAUUGUUCUUAUCGGGUAUACCAUUGCUCGAACGAUCGGCUGACGAAAAGUACAAAGAUAACCCAGAUUAUUUAUAUUACAAAGCGUCAACGUCACCCUUUAUACCGAUACCGCCAGCUAUUUAUGUAGAAGUACCGAAAUUCCUUAAAUGUAUGUUGUGCUGCGAGUUCCCGAUUUACGAUUCAACGGGAGAUGAUUUCCCCGCUCCCACCAUCGUCACCGAGACCACCAGUAUAUCGAUGGUGCAGUCUCAGACAUAG